CUCUCUCUCUCUCUCUCUAUCUGUCUCUCUCGCUCGCUCGCUCAUCUGUCUCAAGACGCCACCACCCAAAUCGUAGAGAAGGAGAGAAAAAAAGAAGGAAAAAUCAAAUACCGAUGCUGGGCCGCGACGAAUGAACGGAUCAGGAGCACCAAGAUUAGAUCAAACGCCUCUAUCCUCUCUCCUCUCUCGAUCCCAAACCCUAACCCUAACCCUAACCUCUCGAUCUGUGGCACAGACGAAUGGUCCGACUCGACUGAUCCAGCCUCCUAUCCUGACAUAGAUCCGAUCGAUCCUUGGGUCUAUCUCUCCUUUUGCAGAUCGGGUGGAGGAAAUCGAAGGAAAAGAAGGAAACGAAGAUGCCUUCUCACGCGGAUCUGGACCGUCAGAUCGAGCACCUGAUGGAAUGCAAGUUCCUCCCGGAGGCGGAGGUGAAGGCGCUCUGCGAGCAGGCGCGGGCGAUCCUUGUAGAGGAAUGGAACGUGCAGCCGGUCAAGUGCCCAGUCACGGUGUGCGGUGACAUCCAUGGCCAGUUCCAUGAUCUCAUCGAGCUCUUCCGGAUUGGUGGCAAUGCCCCCGACACCAAUUACCUCUUCAUGGGGGACUAUGUAGAUCGUGGAUAUUACUCGGUGGAGACUGUAACACUUUUAGUAGCAUUGAAAGUCCGCUAUAGAGAUAGAAUUACAAUCCUUAGAGGAAAUCAUGAGAGCCGACAAAUAACUCAAGUGUAUGGUUUCUAUGAUGAAUGCUUGAGAAAAUAUGGAAAUGCAAAUGUCUGGAAAUAUUUUACUGAUCUUUUUGAUUAUCUACCCCUUACGGCCCUUAUUGAGAGUCAGAUCUUCUGCUUGCAUGGUGGUCUCUCUCCAUCCUUGGACACAUUAGACAAUAUUCGUGCCUUGGACCGUAUACAGGAGGUUCCGCAUGAAGGUCCCAUGUGUGAUCUUCUGUGGUCAGAUCCUGAUGACCGGUGCGGGUGGGGAAUAUCUCCUAGGGGAGCGGGCUACACUUUUGGACAGGAUAUUGCUGCUCAGUUCAACCGCAACAACGGCCUCACCCUUGUCGCAAGAGCGCAUCAGCUUGUCAUGGAAGGUUACAACUGGUGUCAGGAAAAGAAUGUGGUCACUGUAUUCAGUGCACCAAACUACUGUUACCGUUGUGGAAACAUGGCAGCAAUACUUGAGAUUGGGGAGAACAUGGAUCAGAACUUCCUUCAAUUUGACCCGGCUCCUCGGCAGAUUGAGCCCGACACCACCCGCAAGACGCCCGAUUAUUUUUUGUAAACUCUCUGUCUUCACCGCUUGUUGGUAAUGCUUCUUUCCAGCCGUGUCUCUGUAGAUGUGUCUUAGAAAGGAGGAGUUUUGGUAAGUGGAGAGAUCUUCUGUCAUUCUUUUGUUUGAAGUUGUGUUCUGCUGCUGCUGCUGCUUCCUCUGCUUCUGCUUUGCUAUGCCUAGGUAGAGAACUCUUUUAAAAGGCUUUUAUUGUGCAUUGUCUUGUAUUCUUAAAAAAAGGUAGCAGCAAUAACAAAGACAUCUCUUCUUUUAUAA